UCACCUUUAUUAUUAAUAGAGGUGAUGCCGGAUGUAGAACAAAGGAGACACAGUUUCUCAGACAAGCUAUUUAGUGGAAAAGGCUUACAUUUUCAGCCAUCAGUUCUAGAUUUUGGAGUUCAGUUUCUGGGACAGCCUGCAGCAAAGAUUCUGUACGCUUACAACCCAAGCAGGGAAAGUGAGGUUGUAGUGAAUUCCGUGUUUACAGCCGCGAGACAUUUCCAUGUGCCUCCUGUUCACUGCAGGGUAAUUCCAGCAAUGGGGAAGACUUCCUUCAGAAUUAUUUUCUUACCCACCGAAGAAGGAAGCAUUGAAAGUUCUUUAUUUAUUAAUACCUCCUCACAUGGAGUCCUCUCUUAUCAUGUAUCUGGAAUUGGUACUCGCCGAGUCUCUGCAAAAGGGUCUGCAGAGCAGCUUCCGAAUGCUUACUUUCUGCUUCCACAGGUCCAGAGCGUUCAGCUUUCGCAAACACAGAUUACUUUCCGUCUGGGCUGUGAAGGAGUCUUUAGGCCUAGAAAAGAGAACAGCAGUCUCAAAGGCCCCUUGCUGAAUCAUCUAACUUCGGAGAAAACAAAGCGUGAAGUGACUCCGGGAGGCCUGGGUCUGCGCUCAGCGUUGGAGGCUUGCGGUGGCCGUGCGUCUGUCCUGUCCCGUCUGCAGGGAGCCCGUGUUGCAGGCAUUGCCCUGCAGAGCGGUGCCCCUGCUCUGCUUCGGGAUGGAGUGGGGGGUGUAGAAAUACCUGUUGGAGCGCUCCCGUCUCUGCCGGGCGUGAGCCCGGGAGCGGGUCCGCCGGACCAUGCUGCAGUUGCGCUCGCUCUGCUGGGGAACCACCACUGCGUCUCCCGCCGAGACAGCCUUUCUCUCGCAGCCCCCUCUGCGUGCCUGCUUGGGCCACAGCCGCGUGGCCUUGCUCCUCAGCGCGUGCGGGGCCAGGCCUUCAGGGCUCGCUUGCCUUUGCUUACGGCCCGGCAUCAGCCAGUUGUAUCAGGUUGCUGGGUGGAGCCGCGUGGCCCGCUGCGGUGGAAGCCCAGCGCGGCCCUGAGGCUGCCAGGCCGGCCGCGGGAGCUCCAGCGGCUGCCGGCGGCGGAGGCCAGGAGCGAUGAUUCAGCAGUGAAUAUGUAUAUAUUACAUUCAGGAAACAGCCUUAUAUGGAUACAGGAUGUACAUCAUUUCUCCCAGAGAGAUGUCCUGUCUCUGCAGUUUGAACCAGUGCUCCUACCUACUUCCACAACGAACUUUACAAAAAUUGCUUCUUUUACUUGCAAAGCUCCGUCCUGUGACAGCGGGGUGAGAGAAGACAGAAAGAAAAAAAACACUCCAACACUAAAAGCUUGCCUCUCCUCCCCUGUGGUUCAAGGGUAUUUUCGAAUGGACCCUUCUGCAACCCACUUUCACAUAGAGAAUCACGAGAAUGCUUCAGGGCUUUGGUCAAUGUGGUACCUCAACCAUUUUGACCAUGGUGUUGUAUUAAAUGAUGUGUUUGUUUCCAAGGAGACCAAGCACAUUUUAAAGAUUCUGAAUUUCACUGGCCCUUUAUUUCUACCUCCAGGCUGUUGGAAAAUAUUUUCUUUGAAACUUGCUGUUAAAGACAUUGCCAUAAAUCUAUUCACCCAUGUAUUUUUGACUACAAACAUAGGUGCUGUUUUUGCAAUACCUCUUCAGAUUUACUCACCGCCCACCAAGGAAGGGAGUCUGGGUUUUGAAGUGAUAGCACAUUGUGGCAUGCAUUAUUUCAUGGGAAAAUCAAAAGCAGAAAAUCCUAACUGGGAAGGGAGCCUUUCUCUGGAUCAGUCUACCUGGGAUGUGGAUUCCGAACUUGCAAAUACAUUAUAUGAAAGAUGGAAGAAAUUAAAACAUGGUGACGUCUGCAAGAGGACUGUUUUGGGAGUGACUCGGUUUGCCCAUUCAAGGAAACCCAAGGAGUCGGAGCCAUUCGCUGUCUUCCUGCCUCGUCUGGUCCCCGAGCCUGGCCUCGUGUUGAACUUCAGCGCCACCGCCCUGAGGAGCAGCAUGGUGAAGUACUUCAUGGUGAAGAACCCCUCCUCGUGGCCCGUGUCCCUGCAGCUCCUGCCCGUCUCUUUGUACCCGAAGCCUGAGGCCGCCGCGCGCCUGCUGCACAAAUGCGUCCUCUGCAUUCCCCCCGGUUCUGUGCGUGGAUGUGCACGGGCUCAGCCAUGGCGCCGACCCUGCCCCUCCGUGCGGACCCGAUGGCACGCGCCAUCCCGUGUGCUGUGUGGCUCUUCAGUGUCCUCGCUCAAAUGGAGUCUUGCUCUCCAUACGUUAAUUGCAUUUAUUAAUAACUUUCAGGGUGUGCAGUCUGAAGAAUCCAGAUUUGGCAUCCUCCACUUACAUUUGCAGCCUUUGGAAAAGAAAAGGGUUGGUGUAGUGUUCACUCCAGCUGAUUAUGGAAAAGUCAGCUCCCUCAUCCUCAUCCGGAAUAACUUGACUGUUAUCGACAUGAUUGGUGUGGAAGGAUUCGGGGCGAGAGAGCUCCUGAAAGUGGGUGGAAGACUGCCUGGCGCCGGGGGCUCGCUGCGGUUUAAGGUGCCUGAGUCCACGCUGAUGGACUGCCGGCGACAACUGAAAGACAGCAAGCAAAUUUUAUCAAUUACAAAGAGCUUUAAGGUUGAGAAUAUUGGACCACUUCCUAUAACUGUGACAGCUCUGAAAAUUAAUGGGUAUAACUGCCAAGGUUAUGGAUUCGAAGUGCUGGACUGUCAUCAGUUUUCCUUGGGCCCCAACACAUCCCGGGACAUCAGCAUUGUGUUUACCCCGGACUUCACGUCUUCCUGGGUCAUCCGCGAGCUGACUCUGGUCACGGCGGCGGGCCUGGAGUUCCGCUUCACUCUCAACGUGACCCUGCCGCACCACCUGCUGCCUCUGUGUGCGGACGUGGUCCCGGGCCCGAGCUGGGAGGAGUCGUUCUGGAGGCUCACCGUCUUCUUCGUUAGUUUGUCCCUGUUGGGUGUGAUUUUAAUCGCCUUCCAACAAGCACAGUACAUUCUGAUGGAGUUCAUGAAGACGAGACAGAGACAAAAUGCCAGCUCCCCUCCACAGCAAAGCACUAGUCCAGUGGACGUAAUCAGCCCUCAGUCUCACAAAAGCAAUUGCAAGAACUUUCUCGAUACCUACACCCCCUCCGAUAAAGGCCGAGGGAAAAGCUGCCUUCCGGUCAGCAGCCCGCAGAGCAGGAUCCAGAAUGCGACCAAGAGGAGCCCGGCCACCUACGGCCACUCCCAGAAGAAGCACAAGUGCUCCGUGUACUACGGGAAGCACAGAGGCAGCGCGGCCGCGGCGAGCAGCGCCGGCGCCCCCUCGGAGGACAGGCCAGCCCCGGCCAAGGAGGACGGGUGCCCCGCAGGGGCGGGCGAGGCCUGGGCGGGCCUCAAGUGUGCCGGGGGCCUGGGCGUCAACCUGCAGAGGGGCUUCGCGCUCCCCAAGAGCUUGCUGGGCAAAGACGAGAACACACCCAAAGGCGCAGCUGCUGCCAGUCACCCUUCCUCCGGGUGUCACGCGAGGGAGGGCGUGCAGACGUGUAUGUUUCCUAAGGAAACGGACUUUCAGAUUGCAGAAGGCGUAGCGGAGCUCCAGGAGCGAGACGUCUGUCCGAUGAAGACGCUUAAGAGACUGCCUGAGAAUCAUGUGCCGAGAAACUCCCCUCAGUGCCCGUCAGACCUGCCAGAGGUUUCCAGGAAAAGUAACGGGAAUAACCAGCAAGUGCCUGUCAAGAAUGAAGUAGACAGUUGUGAAACUUUGAAAAAGGUUGACACAAAGUCUUCUUCAGAGAAGAAGAUUCACAAAGCAGCUAAAGAAGACGGAUGUUCUGAGAAGCAGGACAUAGCUUCAGUCGAGCAAGAAGAUCCUUAUAGGAAGAAGGCGCUUCAGGAGAAGAAAGAAGGAAAUGUACAAAAUUUAAAUUGGAAUAAAAAUCGGAUAUGCAGGAAAAACAAAAAGAGGACUGCUGCCCAGGUCUUGAGGCCUUCCGACCAGAGUGAGUUAAAGCUGGUGUGCAGUGAGUUUGAAAGGUCUGAGCUGAGCAGUGACGUCAACGUAAGGAACUGGCGUAUCCAGGAAAGCCCUGGGGAAGCGUGCAGAGCAGGUGCCAGCACUGGAGGCAGCUUACCUGGCACGCAGGGGGAGGCAGAGGGUUACUUUCCGAAACCGGGGAAGAAGGGUGCAGAGAAGUCCUGCUCAGACUCCGGCUCAGACUGUGGCAGCUCCUCGGGCAGCGUGCGCGCCAGCCGGGGCAGUUGGGGCAGCUGGAGCAGCGCCAGCAGCUCUGACGGGGACAGGAAGCCGGCCGCGGGCCCUCCGCGCUGCCUGCUGCCAGGAGACAGUGUUUCACAAAAUGACUUUUCCUCUGAAGCUCCCAUCUCCUUGAAUCUUUCUCAUAACGUCUGCAAUCCCACGGACGUGAGCAGCCUCCCCGUGCCUGCGGACGCUCCCUGCCCCAGCCUCCCCGCUGGGCCUGCCGCCACUGAAGAUCAAGGUCUCUGUGCCCCGGGGGACCUGUGGCCUGCGCAGCCCGUGUGUGUGACCGGCGGCUUCGGCUGCGCCCUGGAGAACGGUGGGCCGGCCGUGCUGCCCCCGCCCGCCCCCGUGCCCAGCAGCAGUUUCAUUGAUUGGAACGCCACGUGUGAAGGCCAGUUUCCCAGUGUGUACUGCCCCCUGGAAUUGAACGACUACAAUGCCUUUCCAGAAGAAAGCGUGAACUACCCCAGCGGCUUCGCCUGUCCUGCUGAGGUUCAGACGGACUUCGCUGACCACAGCUCCCCGUCUGCCUGGGGCAGCCCCACCAGUGUGCCAACCGCCUGGGGACACGCCAGUCUCAUCAGCUCUCCGCCCUACCUCACAAGCGCCCGAAGCUUGUCUCCAAUGUCUGGACUUUUUGGUUCCAUCUGGGCCCCGCAAAGCGAUGUGUAUGAGAAUUGCUGCGCCAUCAGCCCCACCACGGAACACUCGGCUCACCUGGAGAACCGGGCGGUCAUGUGCAAAGAGUACUACCCCGGGUUUAACCCGUUCCGUGCCUACAUGGACCUGGACAUAUGGACUAGCACAGCGAACAGGAAUGCAGACUUCCCACUGUCGAGAGACUCGAGCUACUGUGGGAACAUGUGAAAAGGUUUCGAGUCUAAAUGUGAAUAAAGAGGCUUGUGUUUGGAUUACUAGCGUAAACUGGUUGUUGAAAUAGAUUGACGUUGGUGGAUAUUUUGGCACUUUUAUAUGAAAAUAAAUUUUUUUAUGAAA